AUGGUUUCUCAACGAGUGUUUUUAGUUAGUGGAGCUAACGAAAGCGAUUUUGUUUUGCUUGAUAGUCAUCAACAAAAGCGUGACGAAGAGGUUGUUAGUCAACUUCGAUCAUCUGUAAAUGUGAAAGUACUUCGAGUCAACACAUCAUCGAAAGAAAGUAUCAAUCAUAUAAAGCAACAAAUCGAAAAGAAAUGUGGUGAACGCAUUGUUAAUGUUAGUAGUGAAGCUGCACGAUCUUCAAUAACGCAUUGUUUUCGAGAAUUAAAAAGUAAAUUUCUACACCCAAACGUAGCAGCAGUAACAUUAUUUUUACCUUUACUCCAAGUAGUCGAAGAAGGAAAAAUUUCCAAAACAGUUGAUUUUGGCCCGAUUGAAUUUCAAGGUCUUUACUUAAUUUAUUAUUCCGCAUCAAGUUAG